GGGCUGCUCUCUUCUUGGUAUAUAUAGGAAGGAGUCUAUUAGACGUGUUAUAGAGGCUUCCUCCAGAAUCCGCAUAAGGUCCAAGGUAGGGCCACCCUAGGUCAGCGAGGAGGCGCGGGGCCCUAGCGGGCCAGGGACAAGCCUGGAGCGCGCCGGAUGGCAGCAGUGGGCUCCUUUAAGAGGCCGGCGGCUCCAGCGCAGCAUCCCCCGCUCAGGGCGUGUCCGUCCCGGGAGGCCAGGGGCGGGGGCCUCGGAAGGAGCGGGAGUUCAAGCCGAGUGGGGACGGGGCUAGGAGUCGGGGGUCGGGGCAGAAAGCUGGGGCUGACACCCGUGCACCUGGACACCGCGCAAGCAUCGCCUGUGACAGCGCCCCGGGUCCGGUCGAGGGCAGCGCGGGGAGGAGGGAAGGAGGAGGAGAAGGAGGAGGAGGCGGGAGCAGUAUCCGGAGCGGAGCUGCAGCAGCGCCGCCUUUUGUGCUGCGGCCGCGGAGCCCCCGAGGGCCUGCAGCUCAGCACCAUAGUGGGGCACAGGGGUCAUGGCCUGCCUCCAUGAGACACGCACGCCCUCCCCUUCCUUUGGGGGCUUCGUGUCUACCCUGAGCGAGGCAUCCAUGCGCAAGCUGGACCCAGACACUUCAGACUGCACCCCUGAGAAGGACCUGACGCCUACCCAGUGUGUACUUCGAGAUGUAGUGCCUCUGGGUGGGCAGGGUGGGGGUGGGCCCAGCCCUUCCCCAGGUGGAGAGCCGCCCCCUGAGCCUUUUGCCAACAGUGUCCUGCAGCUGCAUGAGCAGGACACAGGUGGCUCAGGGGGAGCUACUGGGUCACCAGAAAGUCGGGCAUCUAGAGUUCGAGCUGAUGAAGUGCGGCUGCAGUGCCAGAGUGGUAGUGGCUUCCUUGAAGGUCUCUUUGGCUGCCUGCGCCCUGUGUGGACCAUGAUUGGCAAAGCCUACUCCACAGAGCACAAGCAGCAGCAGGAAGACCUUUGGGAAGUUCCCUUUGAGGAAAUCCUGGACCUGCAGUGGGUAGGCUCAGGGGCCCAGGGUGCUGUCUUCUUGGGGCGCUUCCAUGGGGAGGAGGUCGCUGUGAAGAAGGUGCGAGACCUCAAAGAGACUGAUAUUAAGCAUCUGCGCAAGCUGAAGCAUCCCAACAUCAUCACUUUCAAGGGUGUGUGUACCCAGGCUCCCUGCUACUGCAUCCUCAUGGAGUUCUGUGCCCAGGGCCAGCUGUAUGAAGUACUACGGGCUGGUCGCCCUGUCACCCCCUCCUUGCUGGUUGACUGGUCCAUGGGCAUUGCUGGUGGCAUGAACUACCUUCACCUGCACAAGAUUAUCCACAGAGACCUCAAAUCCCCCAACAUGCUUAUCACAUACGACGACGUGGUGAAGAUCUCAGAUUUUGGAACUUCCAAGGAGCUGAGUGACAAGAGCACCAAGAUGUCCUUUGCCGGGACAGUAGCAUGGAUGGCCCCUGAAGUGAUCCGUAAUGAGCCUGUCUCUGAGAAAGUCGACAUCUGGUCCUUUGGCGUGGUGCUAUGGGAACUACUGACCGGUGAGAUUCCAUACAAAGAUGUAGAUUCCUCAGCCAUCAUCUGGGGUGUGGGAAGCAACAGUCUUCAUCUACCUGUGCCCUCCAGCUGCCCAGAUGGGUUCAAAAUCCUGCUUCGCCAGUGCUGGAAUAGCAAACCACGAAAUCGUCCAUCAUUCCGACAGAUCCUGCUGCAUCUGGACAUCGCCUCAGCUGAUGUGCUCUCCACACCCCAGGAGACUUACUUUAAGUCCCAGGCAGAGUGGCGGGAAGAGGUAAAGCUGCACUUUGAAAAGAUUAAGUCAGAAGGGACCUGUCUGCACCGCCUAGAAGAGGAACUGGUGAUGCGGAGGAGGGAGGAACUCAGGCACGCCUUGGACAUCAGGGAACACUAUGAACGGAAGCUGGAGAGAGCCAACAACCUGUACAUGGAACUGAAUGCCCUCAUGUUGCAGCUGGAACUCAAGGAACGGGAACUGCUUAGGAGGGAACAAGCCUUAGAGCGGAGGUGCCCAGGCUUGCUGAAGUCACAUCCAUCACGGAGCCUCCUCCAUGGUAAUACAAUGGAGAAACUCAUCAAGAAGAGAAAUGUACCACAGAAGCUGUCACCCCAUAGCAAAAGGCCAGAUAUCCUCAAGACAGAGUCUUUGCUACCUAAAUUAGAUGCAGCCCUAAGUGGGGUGGGGCUGCCUGGGUGUCCUAAGGGCCCUCCCUCACCAGGACGGAGUCGCCGUGGCAAGACCCGUCAUCGCAAGUCCAGCACGAAGGGAAGCUGUGGGGACCUGCCUGGGCUUCGUACAGCUAUGCCACCCCACGAACCUGGAGGACCAGGGGGCCUAGGAGUAGGACCCCCAGCGUGGGAGGCCUGCCCCCCUGCCCUCCGUGGGCUCCACCAUGACCUUCUGCUCCGCAAGAUGUCAUCAUCAUCCCCAGACCUGCUGACAGCAGCACUGGGAGCAAGGGGUCGGGGAGCUACAGGAGGAGCUGGGGAUCCUGGCUCACCUCCUCCACCCCGGGGUGACACUCCCCCAAGCGAGGGCUCAGCUCCUGGCUCCACUAGCCCAGAUUCACCUGGGGGAGCCAAAGGGGAGCCACCUCCAUCAGUAGGGCCCUGUGAAAGUGUGGGGCUGCUGGGAACUGGAAGGGAAGGGACAGCGGGCCGGGGAGGAAGCCGGGCUGGGUCCCAGCACUUGACCCCAGCUGCACUGCUGUACAGGGCUGCUGUCACUCGAAGUCAGAAACGUGGCAUCUCAUCAGAAGAGGAAGAAGGAGAGGUAGACAGUGAAGUAGAACUGACACCAAGCCAGAGGUGGCCCCAGGGCCUGAACAUGCGCCAGUCACUAUCUACCUUCAGCUCAGAGAAUCCAUCAGAUGGGGAAGAAGGUACAGCUAGUGAGCCUUCCCCCAGUGGUACACCAGAAGUUGGCAGCACCAACACUGAUGAACGGCCAGAUGAACGGUCUGAUGACAUGUGCUCCCAGGGCUCAGAAAUCCCACUGGACCCACCUGCUUCAGAGGUGGUCCCUGAACCCAGCUCCCCGCCUAUCUCACACCAGGACCUACUUAGAAGUGAGCAGGGCCCUCCCAAUUCUGAGGACUCAGACUGUGACAGCAAUGAAUUGGACAACUCCAACAGCGUUGAAGCCUUGCCGCCCCCAGCUUCCCUCCCUCCAUGAAAGCCACUUUUAUUCCCUGUACAUAGAUAAAUAUUUAUAAUACAAGUAAUAUAUAUGCGCCACAUAAUCACAGAAAGAUGGGGCUGUCCCAGCCUUAAUUCAGGCUUGAGGGAGACUGGCCCCCUGGACCAAUUUACCUAAUUACUCUAGGGACACUGGCAGCUGUGGAAAUGAAUGACUACUACUGCCCUAGAGCUGUUUGUAAAGGGAAACUGGCCCCUUGUUGCUUCACCCCAUUCCUAUGUUAAGCAAGCAGCUAGGCAAUAGGAAAGCCAGGCUUGUCUCUACCUUCUCUAUCCCCAAACACUGGGGACAGGAGAGGAACCACUAAAACUGCACUUUUUUCUGUUUUCCGUUUACUGUUUACAUAUUUUGCACUUGGGAGGAAAGGAACUAAGGCUGGGUCCUCCCCUCUGAGGUUUCUCAGGUGGCAAUUUAACUCAUCUCUGUCUCUCCAUUUCUCUACCCAAGCCCCAGCUUAGAGCCCAGGGGGGAAUUAGGAAACUGAUAGCAUGUGAUGGCUCAGGCUGAAGAACUGGGGUGCUGUUUAAAUCCCUGCUCUUAUCCUGGUGCCUGAUUUGGGGUGGGGACUGUCAUAUUGUAAACCCCUGUGAACAACCUUGAAAUAUAACCACUCCAUGCAGGCCCAGCUGUUGAGGGUUUUCUUGAUGAAUGAAUGGGGUAGAAAACAUGUUUAAAACAGAAUUUUACCUGAGGACUUUUUACAAGUUACUUUCUGCUGCUUCUCACUAAAUUAACUAUGUCAUACUCCAGAUUUCCAAAGGUUUUGGCAUAUAUGGUAGCAGGUACACUUUCUAAAUGAUUAUAAACACUUGUUGUACGCAAGACUACAAAUGAACUGUUAUUAGAAACAAGACAGUUAAAUUUUCAAAGUAUGCAAGCGUGAACAAAGGGACAGACAUUCCCAAGAAGCUGAAUCCCAAUCACAUUCAGUUCCAUCUGUUUUCGUAGGUACACAUGUGCAUCCUCCCUCUACCCUCAGAGAAGUGCCUGUCUACUCUAUACUUAAAGUCCUAAGAAAAUAUAUCCUCAAUCUUUGGGCACAAGCUUUACAAAGACCAACCAGGUACAGUGUCAUGGGAAAAAAGGACCAAAGGCCAAUAAAAAACAUGGAGUGGUAAAACAGAAGAAAAUAUCUUAGUUGGAAUAGUCUUCUGUUCAAAACCCAACGGGGUCCUGUGUGGGAUAAAGGUACAAAAAUAACAGCAAGACAACAGGAAUAAAACCCACAUGAAUCACUGUGGCAUCCAGUUUCUAUUCACAAAGAAAAAGCUCCAGUCCAUCUUUUAAUUUUUUUUGAAAAAUUCCUGACAUUACAGAACUAAACUGAAAUGUAUUAAUAUUCCACUCUUACAUUUUCCAUGACAAACAGAAAAAUUCAUGAGCCAAAAAAAAAAAAAAAAAAAAAAAAAAAAAGGGGGGG